CUAUAUUUGGGCUAGUGUUUGGUUUAAACCUCCGUCAACAAGUAGCCAUUUGUUGAAGUUGCAGAAAUUGUUCACCGGAUCCGUAUUUCCGGCGAAACUCUUUCUUACUUUUGCCUUCUCAUCGUCGCCAACACUGUUCACGCCACUUUUUCAUCAGAUCCGAGCUAGGAAACAAAAUGGUUUACCAGUAAGGAGCUGUCGCUGCCUUCAAAACCAACUCAGUCUCUUCAAGAUCCCGAAAUUCUAUCGAAAUCGCUGUCGUUUGGAACUCCUACCCAAUUUCAGAAUAAGAAACAGGAGGGUGAAUAUAGAGAGGUAACUUCUGUCUCUCGCCAUGUACAAGCAGUCACCGGGUGGCAGGAGCAACAGAUCAAGAGGAUUCAAAGUCAAGCAUGCUCUUCAAAUCUGUGCAUUACUUGCUCUCUGCUUUUGGUUGAUUUACAAAGCCAAACAACCCCGCGAAGAAAACACACAAUUUGAAGGGAAAAAAGACCCGGUUUCGUUGCAAAAGACAGUAAACACAAAAAACCAAGUUCCAAAAUUAGGAAGAAAACACCUUCCCCAGUCCGAUGACAGUAACGGGAAACAUGACAAUGAAGUGGGAGAUGAAGUGUUGUCGGAUGACGAAAAGGAGAAAAUCGAGAACGAAGCACAAGAGAAACUGUACAAAGCCGAUGACGCUUCGAGCGCAGUAACUCACGAGACACAAAUAGUUACCGUGGACGAAGUGGAUGCCAAUUUCACGUCGGGAGGUAAAAUUUCUGAGGAGGGCUCUGACAUGGCAAAGCUAAGCAAAGGUUCUUCCUUGGCUGUGAAGAACAUUCCAUCGCCCGAUUCCUUAACCGAAUCUAACCCGACAGUGUCCGAGAAAACCGUACAGGGUCGUCCUAGGUUUGCAACGCAGGACGACAGAUGGUCUUCGAUAACGGGUGACGAAACGGGCAGUGCAGAUGAAGGGGGUGAGCGUGGGGGUGAAGUUCAUCAAGAUCUUAUUGUUGACUCCUCUGAUUCUUCAUUUCCCUUAGAAGGGAAAGAUGCAGAAAUUCAUACGGAAGGGAGUAACGGGGAAGAUACUGUGGCAAAAUGAUACUGUGUAAUAACAGUCUAUGAAGAAGUCUGAGCUAUACUAUU